AACCCUAACCCACCACUCCCACCAGCAGGAGUCCGUUUGAAACGGUCGGUUCUUGCUCUGACCCCGUCUGUGUUCACAGGAGAACCUUCAAUCUGCACAAGUGUUGACGUCUCCCAGCAGUUUGGCACAAUGGGAUCCCCCACACUGGGGAAGGCAGCAUCCAUCGACAGCCUCCUUAACGAAUACAUUCAUGCUUUUGAUGACAGUGGGGAGCUGCAUGUCCACCUGCUCCCCCGCACUCUGCUGCUGAUGCAUCGCUGGUACGUCCCAUCUGCUGAACUGGCCGGAAAGCUCCUGAUGAUGUACCGUGACUGCAAAGGAGAGGACCACCAGUCAACCAGGCUCAGGAUCUGCUAUCUAAUGAGGUACUGGAUCGUGACAUUCCCGGCAGAAUUCAACCUGGAUUUGGGCCUGAUCAGGAUCACAGAGGAGUUCAGGGAUGUGGCGGCCCGGCUCGGCUGUGAGAAGCACUUCGAGCUCAUCGACAUCUCCACCAUGUAUGCUGUGCACACUGAAAACAACCAAGAAGAAGCUGCCACGAUCACUUUUAAGAAGGAGCAGUGUGGUCAUAAUUGUGUUAAAAAUGUUUGUCCGUCACACGACUGGAUGCGGAAGCUGACCCAAAGGAAGAAGCAGACCAAGAAAGGCAAGGCCUCCCUGUUGUUUGAUCACUUGGAGCCUAUGGAGCUGGCUGAGCAUCUCACCUUCCUGGAGUUUAAGUCCAUCCGAAGAAUAUCUAUCUGGAGUGAGAUGACCGAGCUGGUCUCUUCCAGCAACAACUACUCCUGCUACAGAAAGGCCUUCAACGAAUGCCGUGGCUUCAAAAUCCCCAUUCUGGGCGUGCACCUCAAGGACCUGAUUGCAGUGCAUGUGGUCUUUCCUGACUGGGUGGGCGACAGCAACAAGAUCAACCUUGUGAAGAUGCAUCAGUUUUACAUGACCUUCAACGAGCUGGUGUCACUCCAGGGCGCGGUGGCCCAUGUGGAGCCCAACAUGGACCUCAUCCACCUGCUGACUCUUUCUUUAGAUCGUUAUUACGCAGAGGAUAAGAUUUAUGAACUAUCGCUGCUUCGGGAACCACGCAACCCUAAAUCCCAGCCUACAUCACCAACGACCCCUACCAAGCCUUCGGCCCCCCUGGACUGGGCCUCUGGUGUCACGACCAAACCAGACCCCUCUGUGAUCAACAAGCACAUCUGGAAGGUCGUGCAUAUCAAUGAUGACGAUGUGUUCGAGUUCCCGGCUGUCCCCCCUACAGGUCCAGCUUUGGACACCCCGUCCCAACCGUCUAUCACCCUGAUGACCGGCUCAGCUCAGAGAAUUUCUGUGCGCCUGCAGAGGGCCACCAUCACCCAGGCCACCCAGACCGAGCCUCUGUGGCCUGAGCUCAGCUGGGGGGGCACAGAGAACGUUAGCAACUACGGAGACCUUGGCAGGAUCGGGUCGGAUGUUGCCAGCUUCGAUAAUGAAACCAAAGAAGGAGACGGAAGUAACAUGAAACUCACAUUUCUCGGCUUUAACAAAGAGCUGGUUCUCAAGGAGGCGUUCAAGAACCUGACGUACAUGAAAAACUGUGGUGUGAACUGUCAUAAUCAAUGCCGGGAGCUGCUGGUUCUGGCCUGCAGGAAACUGAUUCGCUCCGGAUCCAUGAGCAGCGUCUCCCCGGCCAGACUGAGUCACAGCUCGCUGCCCAGCAGCCCCUCACUGCCCACAUGUAAAGAUGAUGACGAUGUGUUCGAGUUCCCGGCUGUCCCCCCUACAGGUGACAGCUCGUCCCAACCGUCUAUCACCCUGAUGACCGGCUCAGCUCAGAGAAUUUCUGUGCGCCUGCAGAGGGCCACCAUCACCCAGGCCACCCAGACCGAGCCUCUGUGGCCUGAGCUCAGCUGGGGGGGCACAGAGAACGGCUCGCACACUUUUCCUAAAAUGAAAUACAGAACUCACAGAAAAGCAUCUAAAAGUAAAGGUUUAGCCUGCUGGGAAAAGCUGAAAGUACAGCACUGACCCGU